GCGGAUAAGAAACCACAGGAAGCAGCAGGCACGCACCGACCGCUCCUCUUCUUCCCCAACCCUCCUCUCCUCGAUCUCCAAGCAAGAAACAGCAAGCUAGCAGCUACCCAUCCAUGGCCCAGCUCCUCUCAUCCUCUGCUCCUCCUCGCUUCCACCAUCUCGCGGCCGCACCAGGCCAUGGCCGCGGCUCGCGCUUGUCCGUGACGCCAGCGUGCUCUGCGUCUUCAGGGUCGCUGGUGAGGAUGAGGAGGGGUAGCACGAGAAGGCGGAGCGCGAGGUCCCUGACCGUUCGGUGCGAGCAGGGGGCAAAGGGCGGCGGCGGCGGCGGGGGGCUGGACGUGUGGCUCAGCCGCGGCGCCAUGCUCGGCUUCGUCGGGGCCGUCACCGUCGAGCUGACCACCGGCAAAGGCGUGCUCCAGAACGUGGGGCUGACGUCGCCGGUGCCGACGCUGGCGCUGGCGCUCACCGGGGUGGUCGGCGUCGCCGCCGCGUUCCUCAUCUUCCAGUCGGCGUCGCGGGACUGAUCGAGCUGCCUUUUCUCGCUGCUUACCGGUGGCGUCACUCCGAUCCACUGGUCUCUCUGUUCUUGGGCGUGUGCUUACUGGUCUUGAGAAUCCUAGACAUCUUUUCUCCGCAGAAAUUUUCAUUUUUCAUUUUGUUUUUGUGACGUUGCUACUAAUUUCCUGCCUGUUGAUUGUUAAUACUGAUAUAAAUACCUA